AUGCGUGGGCGGGGCGUGGCGGGGAGAGCGCCGGGUGAGCCGCGGAGGGCGCGGGGGCGGUCGGCGCUGCCAGAAGGCACAGCGGCGAGUCGACGCCCUGUUGCAGACGAUCUGCCCGACCGGAACUGCGACCGCUGCACGCAGUGCUGCGUCGACUACGACGGCUGGCUGCGCUUCCAGAGCGGCCUGUACAAGGUGGUCCGCGACCCGCUCUUCGACCUGCUCAUCACGCUCUGCAUCGUCCUCAACACCAUGUUCUUGGCCAUGGAGCACCAUGGUAUGAGUGAGUCUGUGCGGCAGGCCCUCGACAUAGGCAAUAAAUGCUUCCUCAAGCUGCUGGCUCUCAGCAAAGAGUUCUUCGCGUGCGGCUGGAACAUCUUCGAUCUCAUCAUCGUGUCGGCCAGCCUUCUCGAUCUGUCGUUCGAGCUGGUUGAUGGGCUGUCUGUACUUCGCGGGUUGCGCUUGCUCCGCGUUCUGAAGCUGGCGCAGUCCUGGACCACCAUGAAGGUGCUGCUCAGCAUCAUCAUUUCCACCAUCGGCGCGCUGGGUAACCUCACGUUCGUGCUCGUUAUCGUCAUCUACAUCUUCGCCGUGAUCGGAAUGCAGCUCUUCUCCAAAGAUUACACGUGGGAGAAGUUUUACCCAGAUCCUGUGCCAAGGUGGAAUUUCAACGACUUCUUCCAUUCUUUUAUGAUGAUUUUUCGAAUCCUUUGCGGAGAGUGGAUCGAACCGCUUUGGGAUUGCAUGCGGGCUGAGAAGGACAAGGGUCCCGAGGCCUGCUUCGCCAUCUUCCUGCCCGCUCUCGUGAUGGGCAACUUCAUGGUGCUGAACUUGUUCUUGGCGUUGUUGCUGAACAGUUUCAAUUCGGAGGAGCUCAAGUCGAAGAAAGAGGAAGUGGGGGAAGAGUCGAAACUGGCGCGCAGCUUCGAGCGCAUCCGCUCGAUCGUGCGCAAGAAGCGGCAGAACCGCGAGAAGGCGGAGAACGAGAAGAACAUGCGGCUGGAGGAGAUGGUGCGCGAGGUGAUGUCGCGGCACGCGGCCAUCGUUGCUCUCUGUUAG